AUGUCAACCGAACAUCAUGACCCGCCGGGCACGGUAUUGCUCAGCUCUGAGCAAUCCGGCUCCAUCAUCUACCAGCCACAGCCAAGUGACGACCCAGAAGACCCUCUGAAUUGGUCCGCACUUCGCAAGUGCGUAAACCUUGGGCUCGUUCUCAGCUAUGUCCUCUUGACCUUUGUGGUCCUCGACAUUCCCCCAGUGGCAUAUGGACAGCUCGUAGAAGACAUAGGCAUCACAUUCCAGCUGUCAAAUGUCGCUACGGCUCUCAACUUUGCGGGACUGGCAAUCGGUGGCGUGCUCCUCAUCCCCUUUACUUAUCGCUACGGUCGCCGGCCCAUUUACCUCAUCAGCAUUGCUGUGCAACUCGCUGCGACUAUAUGGGCGGCCAGAAUAACAUCCAAGGGCGAGUACCUGGCCUCCAGCAUGCUAGGCGGCCUGGGGGGCGCCAUCAGCGAAACGAUUGUGCAAAUCACCAUUGUGGACUUGGUAUUCGUUCACCAGUAUGCCACCAUGAAUGGCGUAUUUCUGGUCACCCAAGGCGUGGGCGCGUACCUGGGACCCGUGGCAGCCGGUUACAUUGUACAAUCCCAAGGAUGGAGGUGGAUGUGGUGGUGGUGCGUCAUCUUCAUUGCAUCAACCCUUGUUCUCGUUCUGCUCUUCUUCGAAGAAACCACGUAUGUUGCGGCGAUUGACGGUGUUCCGGUCGCUGCGUCGCCAAAGGAUGACACGGACGAAUCCGUUAGAAAAGACUGGCAAGAGGUAAACACUCUUGCGAAUACGGCAUCGAUCAGUACUACGCCGCCCAAGUCGGCAUCGCGCCCUUUCAGAGGUCGCGGCGUGAUGUCGUCGAAACCUCUGCGGAAACGGCUCGCACUCGUAACCCAUACGGAAGGACCGAUCAAACACCAUUUCCUGGCUCCUUUUACAAUCCUCUUUCAAUUUCCCGCGGUGGCAUAUACGGCAGUAACCGUCGGCUCAGUCAUGUCGUGGAUGGCUGUGAUAAUAUCUGUUGCGGCCACACGCAUGAUAGGCCCGCCUUACAACUUUGGCCCAAGUGCAAUAGGGCUUAUUAACCUGGCGCCGUUUGUUGGCCAGCUCAUUUCUGGCCUGCUGGCUGCCCCGUUCAGCGAUAAAUGCAUCGUGAAAAUGGCCAGACGAAACGGCGGGCUGUAUGAGCCGGAAAUGAGACUGUGGCUGGCCCUCCCGGGUGCUGUGCUUGUCUCUGCUGGUAUUUUUAUGUUUGGGAUUGGAAUAGCUCAUAAUGCUCACUGGGGUGUUUUAACCACGGGCAUAGCCAUCUUUGCAUCCGGCUUCACUCUCGCUCUCGAUAUCGCGCUUGCCUAUCUCCAAGAUUGUUAUCCGAACAUAAUCGGUGACGCGCUUGUCAUUGUCGUUUUUGCUCGGAAUGGCAUCGCUGUCAUCAUCUUAUUCUAUCUAAGCCCAUGGCUUGAUAGCAUGGGCCUGCAGAAUAUGUUUAUCAUGAUUGGUGUAUUGUCCUUUGUUAUUUUGCUAGCCCCUCUUCCGCUAUUGAGAUGGGGGAAGCAGGCCCGCAUCAUGACGACGAAAAACUAUCAAUAUCAUUCUCUCCGACAGCCAUCUCGUAGGGCUAUGUAG